AACCUAGCUUCCUGGAGCCCCCGCUGGCGUAGUAAAUUAAAGCCUUGUGACUUGAAGGUUGGGUUGCUGAUUUGAAAGCUGCCAGGUUCGAAUCCCACCUGAGGAGAGUGUGGAUGAGCUCCCUCUAUCAGCUUCAGCUCCAUGCGGGAACAUGAGAGAAGCCUCCAACAAGGAUGGCAGCAAGCAACGUGGAGUCCUCUAUCAAACUGGAGCCAAUAUCACUCCUUUGCAACUUCCUAAUGGACAAGGUCUGGAUGUCUCCAAAUCCUGCACCCAGGGACUAGAAGGUUGGAUGCUGCCUUUGCUGCUUGAAUAGGGAUCAUCACUGCUCACCACUGAAGAAGUAAAGACUGGAGUCUGCAAAGGUUUGAGGUGCUGGAUCCUGCCUGAUCCCACAGAAUACGCUGGCCCGAAAAGACCAUGCAAAAGGAACACUGUGAGCUCCUGGAUCCUUUGCCCAAAGAGCAUUGGGCGAAAGACCCAUCGAAUGUCCAAGUAGCAGUGCGAAGCCCAGGAUCCCCGCAGGGGGACUUCGCCCCUCCAAGAGCCCUGCCCAGGAAGACCUUAGUGGUUGUGGAUAUCGUGUGCCUUCUUUUGGCUUCCAUCCCAUUCCUCGUCUGUGAGCUUGGCCUCGUCUCCCCUGUGCGCCGUGGCUUCUUCUGCAACGAUAGCAGCAUCAGCUACCCACUCCAGCGGAAAGAGACCAUCACUGACUCAGUGCUCAUCUCAGUGGGCAUCCUUAUCGCCUUUACUGCAAUCACUUUGGGCGAAAGCUUCCGUGUAUGCCGCUUACCUGAAAAAUCACGCUCUGUAGUGUCCAAUCCUUAUGUGGCCGCCCUCUACAAGGAGAUGGGUGCCUUCCUGUUUGGUUGCACUGUGGGCCAGUCGCUCACCAACAUGGCCAAGCUUGCAGUGGGUCGCCUCCGCCCACACUUUCUGGCGACUUGUCGGCCUAAUUUCACUCAUAUAGACUGCUCAGCUGGAUACGUGGAAGAUUAUGUCUGCACUGGUGGGGCCUCUGCAGAAAAAGAGGCUAGAAAGUCCUUCUACUCUGGCCAUGCAUCCUUUGCAAUGUAUACCAUGGCAUACCUGGUGUUUUAUCUGCAAGCUCGGUUCACUUGGCAAGGUGCUCGAGUCCUGCGCCCAUUGGUCCAGUUUGUGCUCCUCAUGGUAGCAAUGUACACCGGCUUGACCCGCAUCUCAGACUAUCGACACCAUCCAUCUGAUGUGGUUGUGGGCCUUUUACAAGGGGCACUUGUGGCCUACUGGGUGGCAUUCCACAUCUCCAGCAUGUUUCACUGCAAACAGCGUCCCUGCCCAUCACCUUCAAAAAUCUUGGUCAUCUCCAGUUCAGAUUGCCACACUGAUUGCUAGGGGCACACUCAAAGUUUUUUUGAGCAUAGGUGGGGCAAGAUCGAUUGUGCCACUUUUGCUUGGCAUUCACUGCCUUGUUGACUUAAUGUGCAGGCAACAGAGCAGGACAGCCAUUGCCUUGCUGCCUACUGGGGUCCAUUAGUGAAUUUUGCUCACUGCGGUGCCAGCCAUCACUGUGGCACUUGUUGCUGGAGGCUCCAUGGGGUCAUGAGAUUUGGUGCCUUCUUGGGAAGUUAGGGCACCUCUCUGCCUACACCAAAGAUUCCCCAUCCUCCUAGUGAGCACCUGCUUGCCUGGUCUUCCUUUUGGAUUUGGAGAAGAGACCACUCCCCUCUUCCUAGCCAUCAAAGGAUGCCACAUCCACAUCACUGCUGCCGGGAUGGGCUUCCUUCUUAGACAGCACUCCCAGAGGAAGAAGCUUCAGAAGGAAAUGCCAUCUUUUUAAAGAACUCUGCAUUAUUCUUCAGGAAGACCUGCCCUUCCUCCUCUCAUUGUGUUCGGAAAUUAUCUCACUCUUGGAAGUAAUACACGCACAGGCUGUGUUUCAAGGAGUAGGACUGACAAUUGCAGAGAAUUCAGCACCAGUUGCUCCAUCGGUGGCUCCUCGCUGCUUGAAGAACAGCCAUGUGUCUUGCCGGAACAUACAUGUGAAGGAAUGAACCACAUAUUCUGUUGGUGGGUUUAGGAGGCAAGUGCCUGAAAAAUCACUAAGGAGGACCUGUGGAUUUCUCCCAGUACGCUACCAUUGCUGCUGUGUUAAGAGGCCUCUUGCAGGUAUCUUGCACCUCCUCACCUCUUCCACCACCACCUCAUAAUGUGAAUGGUAUUUUUAUAUAUGUGUAUCUAAUAUAUAAUAAAUGGUACUGACAAUCA